GAGAGGGCGCCAGCUCACCGGGGAUUAGAGCAAAGCCGCCGCGGAGUUGCAGGACACAGUCUCCGGUAUAGGAGAAGACAGGCGGUCCGGGGCAGAAGCCAAAAGGUCGAUUCGGACUGCCCCCUUUGGCUGCCGUGUCGUGGGGUCUCUGGUUCGGCGUGACGGGUCGUACAUUCCCUCCCCGAGGCCUCGGUGUGACGUGGAAAUGCCGUUGCUGUUCCUGGAGCGGUUCCCGUGGCCCAGCUUGCGGACGUACACCGGCCUGAGCGGCCUAGUGCUGGGCCUGAGUGUCCUGAGCGCUUACCGCAGCCUGAGCACCGAGUUAGCCGAAGACGAGGAGAGCUGGCCGCAGCUGGCCGGGGAGCUGGGCCGGUACCUGGUGUCUGACAGCCUCGGGGUGUGGGUUCUGGUGAAUACAGUGUGCUGCCUGCUGAUGCUGAUCGCAAAGCUGAUCCAGCGUGUGGUGUUUGGCCCCCUGCGUGUCAGCGAGCGGCAGCAUCUGAAAGACAAGUUUUGGAACUUUAUCUUUUAUAAGUUCAUCUUCAUCUUCGGGGUUCUGAACGUGCAGACCGUGGAGGAGGUGGUGCUGUGGUUCCUGUGGUUCGCCGGCCUGGUCUUCCUCCACCUUAUGGUCCAGCUGUGCAGAGACAGAUUUGAGUAUCUGUCCUUUUCUCCCACCACGCCGAUGAGCUGCCACGUGCGGGUUCUGGUUCUUCUGAACGCCAUGCUGGUGGUGUGCUGCGCUCUGGCCGUGCUCUGCGGGUUCGCCGGAUACGCACACGGGAUGCACACGCUGGCUUUCAUGGCCGCCGAGUGUAUACUGGUGACAACAAGAACGGCUCAUGUAGUGUUACGCUAUGUUAUUCAUCUUUGGGAUCUCAAUCAUGAAGGCACAUGGGAAGGAAAGGGGACAUACGUGUAUUACACAGACUUCGUCAUGGAGCUCGGUCACCUGUCUGUGGACCUGAUGCAUCAUAUUCACAUGCUGUUGUUUGGUAAUAUCUGGCUCUCAAUGGCCAGUCUGGUGAUCUUUAUGCAACUCCGACACCUCUUUCACGAGCUGCAACGCAGACUGCGCCGCCACAAGAACUACCUGCGAGUCGUUGGCAACAUGGAAGCUCAUUUUUCUGUAGCGACCCCGGAGGAACUGGAAGCCAAUAACGACGACUGUGCCAUCUGCUGGGAUUCCAUGCAGUCUGCACGCAAACUACCCUGUGGGCAUCUCUUCCACAACUCAUGCCUCCGCUCCUGGCUGGAACAAGACACUUCAUGCCCAACUUGCAGGAUGUCUUUAAAUAUGGCGGAUGGCAACAGACCCCCAGGAGAGCCUCAAAGGGACAACACUGACCAGAAUAUGAUCCCCCUGACCGUGACGGACGCACGAUCCCGCUUGAACCAUCAUAACCACUUCUUCCAUUUUGAUGGCUCGCGAUUUGCCAGCUGGCUGCCAAGCUUCUCGGUGGAAGUGAUGCAUACUACCAAUAUCUUGGGAAUAGCGCAGGCUCAUAACUCACAGCUAAACGCCAUGGCGCAGCAGGUUCUAGACAUGUUCCCACAGGUUCCGUAUCACCUGGUCCUGCAAGACCUGCAGCUCACUCGCUCAGUAGAGAUGACGACAGAUAAUAUUUUGGAGGGUCGUAUACAAGUUCCUUUUCCCACACAGAGGCCAGAUGAAAUCAGAAUUGCGAAUGACGAUUCAUCAGAAAGUAACAGCCAGACAGAUCAGCAGCCUGAGCGCGUUCCAUUGGACUUGAGUCCAAACCUGGAAGAAUUUGAAGAGUUUGGGGAAGCAGAGCCACCACCCAACGAGGCUGAAGACUUUGAGGCCAGAGGAAGCAGAUUCUCUAAGUCUGCCGAGGAGAGGCAGAGAAUGUUGGUUCAGAGGAAGGAUGAUAUGGUUCAACUCGCUAGAAGGCGUUAUUUAAUCAAAAGUCCUGAAGAACAAGACGACACCAGCGCAUCAUCGUCUGCCCGGAGUCCUUUCUCAGCAGAAGUGCCUCCAGAUUCGGUGACGCUGCGCAGACGAAUGCUGGCAGCGGCAGCAGAACGUCGGCUUCAGUCGGGGCAGUCUCCUGAGUGACCCCCAGAGCAUGCGGAUACCUCCUAACCCUCCUCCUCCUUGUACCUGAGGUGCACACACAGACUCCAUUGCACCUUAUUAAAGAGCUGUGUUGGCUCCCAGUCUCAGAUUUUGUAACCUUAUAUUUUUCUGCAAUAUGUAUAGAUUAUAAUUGAAUCUGCAUCUU